UUUCAUGUUUUUUUUUUUUGUUUAUUUGCAGUAACAGACCCUGCUAUUUGUUCCCCGGAGCAGAAUGAAGUUGCUGCAAUUUUGGCAAGCCAAUGUGAGAAGCUUCUGUCCUGCCAAGCUGCCAGGCGAGCUCAGCAGCAGGCCUUUGGAGCCACAUUGUCCGAAACACCAAGCUCAAGCAAGCCCGUCAAUGAUGAUGCUCUUACACCUGCUGCUACUGCUGAACAGAAAUAUGGGGAGUCCAUACCGUGCAGUGUUCCUAUGACCAGCGCCCCUUCAACCUCCACUCGUUCAGCUCCAUUGGACUCAAAGUCAAGCAGCUCAGUGCUCCGCAGCUCGCAGGCUGCUGAGGAGCAGCCUUACUGUUCAUCCGUCGACCUUCUGCACUCAACAAUCGGGAUGUGGGAACGGGUUGUCGCAGAUAAGAAGACAGAUCAAGAGGUCACUGAAGAGGGGCUUCGUCACUUCUACGAGGGCAUGAACUAUUUUUGUCUUCAGUUUGAACGCCUUCAAGUAGCAACUGCCAAGUAUAACGAGGCAGCAAAAGCGAGUGAUGACCUGGAAAAUGCAAUGGAUCCUUUAAAAGAUAAGCUGGCAGAAGCCUAUCGGAAGUUCAAGGACUCUGAGAAGGAGAAGCAGAGGCUUGAAAAUGAGUUGUCUGGGGCUGCGAACACAAUCACCGCUCUAACUGGUGAGAAGGAAUCCCUUUUGCACGUUCAGACAAUCCUUCACCAGAAAAUCCUCGAGCUGACAAGGGAGUUGGAGGAGGCCUAUCCUGCUGCUAUCCGGAAAUACAAAGCUUCCUCCUUGUACAGACAGGAGCUCAUGGAGUAUGCUGCUCCUUACAUGGGAAAGGGGGUGAAGCUAGCCAUAGAGAAAAUCAAGGCUAAAGACCCCACUUUUGACCCCAAAACCUACGGCCUGGAGAUAUACAUGCUUCCUCCAGAAGCUGAUGUCGAUGAAUUAUCAUCUGAGGAGGAAGGUGAUGGUGGUGCCGAGCAAGAGCACAAUGAGGUGAAGCCAAGUGCUCGUGCUCGAGAUUUGGCUGAAGGUGCAAGUUUAUGAGACUUUGAUCAUAGAUGUGUCGUUGACAUAAAUGCCGACUAGGCAAAAGUUCCCCCGAGCACAGCUUGAAGCUCUAUCUAUUUUACCUAUGCUUGCUUAUGCUAAUGCAACUUAUGUGGCCGCUCUAUCCAGAGGCGGAGUCAAGAUUUGAAGGUUAUGGGUUUGAAGUUCUAAUCCUUUUAAGUUUCUAGGUUCUAUAUCAAUAAUUAGUACAUAUUCAAUGUAUUUCAUAAGACAAAUACAGAGUUUGGACCAAAGCUAUUGGGUUCGGCCGAACCCGUAACUCAUGGGCUAGCUCCGCCCCUGGCUCUGUCUCUGAACAAGUAUGUUUUGCUGCUCUAUUUGGAGGUGUUAAUACUGAGUAUAUAUGAAUGAAUAUGCUAAAGAUCAGA